AUGGGGCGAUUACCCCGAGCUACGCUCGAGCAAAAAAUCGAGAUUCUCGAUUUUUACCAUGCUCUGAAGAAGCCACAGGCCGAUACAGUGGAGCAUUGGCGCCACAAAGUUCUGAUUCUGACUCUGUCUUUUAGCGAGUGGCUCAAGCACGAGAGCGAGCUUCGAGAACAAUACAACGACUCCAGUGUUUACGUGAAGCGAUCGCGAAGGAAAAUCUGCUUCAAAUACGACAAGAUCAAUGCCGCCAUGGAUGACGUGGUUCGGAAACGUCUUGCAAUGGGCGAUCCAAUCAACGAGCCCAUGCUUCGUGAAUAUUGGGCGUUAUUUGCCCAAAAAUAUGGUGUUGAUGAUCCUAAGCGCCUGAAGGAGUACUCGCAUGGAUGGCUCAACCAAUUCAAGAAGCGACAUGGCUUGAAUCGUAAAGUUAUGAGUGGACGUGGUGACAAAAGUAAGAAGAAGAAUGGAGAACAGCAGCAAACACAGGCGGAGACAUCACAAGAAACGCAUUCAUUCGAUAGUGGUUAUAAUAUGGUCAGUCCACAUCGUCAUGACGAACCACUAAGACCGCUGCAAGGUUUUGAGAUCGGCCCCUCAGUCCCCUCACAGAGAUCUCAGCCACUACCUCAAAUAAAUUCUGGAGUGUUGCACCAAACGCAACUGGCGCUGCUACAAACGGCCAUGCCUCCAGCAAAUCAAGAUUCCCAACCUGCCAGUCUGCAACCUAGUGCUGUUAUUGCAUCGCUGACACAUCAACCUCCAAAUUUACAUCUGCUUCUGGGACAAGUUGGAAAUGCUACACCUUCAUCUGCACCAGCACAAAGCAAUCAAUUCAGACCUCAGCAAGGUCUUAAUUUCGCAAAUACUUUACUGUUUGCAACGCUGUUCCAACGUCAAGAUCCGCGUCAUGAUCCGCGACAUCAGUCUCGACAUGAGACGAAUCAAGAGCCACGACAUGUGCCACGACACGAGACACAACUUGAGCAUCAUCAAGAAUCUCGCCAUGAGCUGAAUCUGCCAGCAAGAACGGCGUCUCAACAACUGUUGGAUUAUCGACUACAACUUCGUGUCCAAUACGAGAAAGAAAGAGAACAACAGCAACGGGAGCAGAUAGAUCAACGAGAACAUCAUGAGCAACGAGAACAACGAGAGCAACGAGAACAGCAAGAGCAACAGGAUCAAAGAGAGCAGCGCGAUCGAGUACAGCAUGAUCAGAGGGAACGAGAACGAGAACGAGAACGAGAGCGAGAGCGAGAACGAGAGAGAGAAAGAGAACGAGAACGAGAACGAGAACGAGAAAGAAAACGAGAACAAGAUGAAUCACAAAAUGCUGAAUCAAGACAUCGCGUUUCAUCUCCUACAGUUCAAUCCUCAAUUCCAUAUGUGCGACCUCGUCCUUCGCUGUUAGCGGCAUUUUCGAGUCCAUCUGUUCCACCACCGAGACCAGUACUGCCACCUCCUAACCUAUUUGAUAUCGUUACCACACAACCGACCUCAUCCUAUGGUGUCUUGGAAACAGGCAUGUCAUCCAACGACAUUGAGCGUUUUAUUUACAUGUUUGCUGAUCGAUUUUUUCAAGAUCAUCAAUACGAGUAUCCCCAAACUCUCAAGAUCUUCCAGGACUUCAAAACUCUGUUUUACAAUGAGAGAGUAAUAAGUAUGCGGUCGAAAUAUCAUCAGAAGCUGCUGAUCCCAAUACCCGCCACUCAAUCACAUCAAACAAGGCAACAACUGUUUAGUUCCAAUGCGGGACCACCGUUGCUCCAAUACCAACAGCAUCAACCGGGCAUUCAACAGGGACAAUCCCAGUAUGACGAACUAUACACUCGCACGCAUCCGCUUGUGGCACCACAGUCUGCUCAUUUUCACAAGCCGCCUCCUUUGGACAGAAAUCGCCAAAUGAGACCAGGCGGUGAAUGA